UGGUGUUUUAUUUUGAAAAGGCCCGGAUGUGGCGCCGCCGUUCGCCCGUUGACGCUCCACGCACCGCGCAGCAGACACGGCACGGCACGGCACCGCGCAGCAGACACGGCAGACACGGCACGGCACGGCACGGCACGGCUGAAGUCUCCGCUGGACGUCAGCUAACCCCGCGGUCUCUCUCGCGGACACUAACCGACACACGGACGCCCGGAGCGGGGGGAACACGAUGGCGACGUUGGGACCGGAGUCGGCUCGCCCUCCUCUCUCCCAGCUCGGUUCUUCUCCGUCGAUCCAGACCGCCAACCUGCCUCCGAACCGGGGCUUGGAGCGGGCUCUGGAGGAGGCGGCGGCCAGCGGCGUCCUGAACCUCAGCUCCCGAAAACUGAAGGAGUUCCCCCGGACAGCCGCCAACCACGACCUGACCGACACGGUGGACGCAGACCUGUCUAAGAACAGACUGGCUGACGUCCCCUCAGAGGUCUGCCACCUGGUUGCCUUGGAGACGCUAAAUCUGUAUCACAACUGCAUCAGGACCAUCCCGGACAGCAUCAUCAGCCUGCAGUCACUCACCUCCUUAAAUCUCAGUCGUAACCAGCUGGGCUCUCUGCCGGCCUGUCUGUGCGGUUUACCUCUGAGAGUCCUCAACGCCAGCAACAACAAGCUGGUGAGCCUGCCGGAGACCAUCGGACAGCUGCACGGCCUCAUGGAGCUGGACAUCAGCUGCAACGAGAUCACGGCUCUUCCUCGACACAUCGGCAGACUCAAAGCUCUGCGAGAGUUAAACGUACGCCGAAAUCUUCUCUGCGUCCUUCCAGAAGACCUGGCUGAGCUUCCUCUGGUGAAGUUUGACUUCUCCUGUAACAAGGUGUCCACGAUCCCGGUGUGCUACAGGAAGAUGAAACAGCUCCAGUCCCUCCAGCUAGAAAACAACCCACUGCAGAGUCCACCAGCACAGAUCUGUAUAAAGGGCAGAGUUCACAUAUUCAAGUAUCUGAGCAUCGAGGCGUGUCGCAGUGAGAAGAUGCCCGACUCGCUCUACCUGCCCGUCAUGGAGCGGCUCAGCCUUUCACGACCCACCACCGGAAGUGUGGAAGACAUGGAGCAGCAGAAGAAGCAGGACAGCGACUCAGGAGUCGGCAGUGACAACGGAGACAAGAGACUGUCUGCUACUGAGCCGUCAGAUGAAGACAGUCUGAGUCUGAAUGUACCGAUGAGUCACAUCACAGAGGAAGAGGGAAUCAGUAAAGACGACUCGAGUGAACACAUCAGCUCCUUGACAGCAGACCCAAACUCCGACUCGGUCCGUCUGAUCGAGGAGAGUCCUACGGAAGCCCUGAGGGACCAGUUCAACUACAGAGACUCUGCUCUGAGCACUUGUUUCGUCAACUACAUCAAGGGUCGGACAGCAGCAGACUUGGACGAGCCCCUCAGGAUAGAGGAAGACUCACACUGGCCAACAGAACAAGUGUCAAAGGUCACAGGGGGCACGGAGCUCCACAUUGACAUGAUCAACCAGCUGAAGGAAGCUGUGGAGUUACUGCAGGACCCCAGCAGAGUGAACACAGAGCAGGACGAUCUGUCCGGAGUUCAGCUCUACCCGGUGGAGAUGGUCACAGUGGAAGAGUCACUAAACGGUCAGGACAGUGAUGACGGCGUCACCACACCGAAGCAGCACAUGGAGGAAGGUGGCUAUGAGUUCCAGAAGAAGAGACAGAUGAUUCUAGAGAAGGCCCGGUUUGAGGCCCAGCUUGCAUGCCGGGAGUAUGAAUGGCAUAUGUCAAUCCAGCAAGAUGAAAGAUCUCCAGUCGGCGGACCUCCGUCCUUCUCCAGCCCAGUGUUUGGACUGAAGCCCCGUUCAGCCCCACCCUCAAUGCCCUGCUCGCCCCCUCCUUCCUGUCUCGACCCCUCCCUCCUCUCACAGGCCUCGCCCCUCCGUAGAGACACACCUCAUAGCCAUGACGACGGACGCGUGCACGGCAGCGUGUUCCUGCGGAGCCACAAGAGUCUCGAGUCUGUUGAUCCUCAGUUCACCAUGAGGAGAAAGAUGGAGCAGCUUCGAGAGGAGCUGGAGCUCAUGGAGCAACUGCGAGACAGCAUCGAGAGCAGACUGAAGGUCGUCCUUCACGAGGACCUCGGAUCGUCUCUGAUGGACGGCGUCGUGCUCUGCCAUCUGGCCAAUCACAUCCGACCUCGCUCUGUCGCCAGCAUCCACGUUCCCUCGCCUGCGGUGCCCAAACUCAGCAUGGCCAAGUGUCGGAGAAAUGUGGAGAACUUCCUGGACGCCUGCAGAAAAAUUGGUGUACCCGAGGACAAACUGUGUCUUCCUCACCACAUCCUGGAGGAGAAAGGCCUGGUGAAGGUGAGCAUGACGGUGCAGGCUCUGGUGGACGAGGCCUCCUCCAAACACACCCUCCUGACGUGAGCGGCGGAAGACGGGCGGAGCUCGAACCCACACCUGGAUGGACACGCUGAGGCCACGACACACCUGUGCAGCCUUCUCAGUAACAGAGUUUAUUAUAUUUAAGGAUGAUGGGAACUAAAGACGUGGAUUUAUUUACUGAUCUUCAGAGAACGUCUGGGUGAAUUCAGUAUUCUGAUGCAGAGCCAACAACAAACAAACAAACAGUGUUUGACUGGUUGCAGGUGACUUCUCACCAUAAAUGUUGUUUUUUUAUUAACUUCAGGGUGGGUGCGUGAAAAUGAAUCUUCAGAUAAACACAACUGAACACAAUUUUAAAAUGAUGAAGAAGAAUUAGAGCCAAACUCAAAAGUCUGUAGGUUAAAGGUCCGGUGUGUAUCUAUUGACAUUCAAUAUAAAAACCAUGAUAUGUUUUUAUCAGUCUGUAAUCAGCUUUGUUGUGUUUAUGUCUCUUAGAAGUUUCACUGCAGUUUCUCCUUCAUGCUUGAACCAAGAGGGAGAGGUGAGGGGUUUUCAGUCGGCUGCAAUCUGAAACUUCACCACAAGAUGUCGCUAAAUUUUUUUACACACUGGACCUUUAAAACAAAAAAAAAGAGUUAUAUUAAUAUUACAGGAUGAUUUGUAAAACUUUGUGUUUCAGGUUUUAAUAGAAAUUUAAAGUUACGUCAUAACAAAACUUAUUUUGUCAUAAAAUGACGCCUGUAAUAAGAAGUUCAUUUCUUCUUCUACUAAAAGUAACAGGUCGUUAAUAAAUGGAAAGUUGAUAGUGGCUAAUGAAGGUCCCGUUCCAUUCAGCUCAAACAGGGUCAGGGUGUCUGCAAAGUCUCUGCUGCACUAAAUGGAACUGAACCUUGAUUAGUUUCGUCUGUUAACUGACAUUACGUAUCCGUAACAGCUUAAAACAGGUCGCAGUCUCCUGUCCUGCGUUGGUUGGAGACCUCCACCCUCCGUCAUCCGUCAUUUAUUGAUGAUGUUUGUUACGAAGUGUUACGACUUCAUCCUGAAAGUGGCCUUAACACUCGAUGCAGGGACAUCUUAUUUCACCAAGCGUCCCCCCGUCACAGACCAUCAGUUAUCUAUCGUGUUUGUGGACUGUGUGAGUCUUUCUGCCGCCGUGCUCUGAGGAGAAUCAAACCAACACGUGGUCUCAACGCGGAGAGAGACGACGUGUAACCACAAUCUGUAUUUAAACUUUCAGAUAUUUAUAAUAGAAAGAGACGCUGAGUUGUUGUACACAUGCAAAAAAAGAAAGAAAGAAAUAUCCCAAAAAUAUUUUUCUCUAAUAUAUUUUAGCUAUGGUUGUUUUCUACUUGCAGCUUCAGCGUGGAGCUCUCUGCAUGUCCAGGUUAGCGUCACUCAGAUCUCAGAUCUGCCAACGCGGAGCACCGUGUGUUUCCUGACAGCCUUUUCGUUUCUUCAUCCCUGUGUAGAUAUUUUGAUCCUCAUCAUGCUGCGACAGACACUUGAUCUGAACAAUCAGAGUUGUAUACCAGAUUUUUAUAUUUGUGGGAUGACGCGGGUGCACGUCAGUGUCGUUUUUUUAAAACUCCUGAAACUCGGUGAGUUUUAAAAAAGUCAGAGCCGCUGAGCUUUAAAAGCCAAACUAACAAAAGACAAGAAACGUUUAUACGACACACACACGCACACACACACACGCACACACACACACACGGCAGUGCUGCUGUGUGAGAUUUGAGACUGGCGUCUCAGGGUCGGUUUGGGUUCAUACACACACUGUUGAUGCUUCACUCCACAGCCUGCUAUGUCAACAGUGUGUGUGUGUGUGUGUGUGUGUGUGUGUGUGUGUGUGUGUGUGUGUGUGAACAAGCGAGUUGCCAGUUGGCCUUUUGACUGACACAAAGACUUUAAAGGGGCAGUAAAUAAUAGUCGACACACCUGAGCUGCAUUCAGACCAAUCAGAGUUCACCUGUCCCGUGAAACAAUCAUGUCAACUGUCCAUUGGUGCAGCUGCUUCAGUAUGUUGCCCAAGGAUCGAACCGCCGAACAUCUGAUCAGUGGACGACCCGCUCCACCUCCUAAACAACAGCUGCUUAACUGUCUGUGCUCCCUCACUCUCAUUCACUGUCUCUGUCCAUCGGACACAAACCAGAUUAGAAAGCACAGAUUGCAGCGAGACACAAACGAGCAGAAGAAGCUUUGAAUCUUUGAGAAUGAUUAAACUGAGCAGGAGAUUCUGCUGGGUCAUGAUCACAGUUCAUGUUCAUGCUUUUAACCCUCUAUAGGGAACUCACUGAAAUACUUUGAAAUUUAAAAUUUCAACCCUGGAGCGUUAUUUCUUUUUCAGUUCAGUUUUAGGCUGCAAAUCAAAGUCAAAGAAGUUACCGUAUGAGGUCACACUGUUACUGACACUUAAAAAAAUAUCACGUGAUACAGUUAAAAAAAUGUCUCAGAUUAAAGGUGGAGCAGGUGAAGUAAUGAAUCCAAGAAUUAACAGGUUAGUUCAAAUAAAUCAUCUUUAACAGUCAUAGUUAUUAUAUCAUUAUACAGAUUUGUGUUUGUGUUCUCCAGCUCGGCAUCCAAAGCUUCAACAUAAAGAAAUGCUUCCACUGGAUCGAUUUGACAGUUGCCAAAACAAACAUUUACACUCUUGUGAUAAAAGUAUAUGUAAAGGAUUUUAUUUAAAUAUGUACAUAUUGUUUUAUUUGUCGGAGGAAUAUUUCAAAAAGGAGUGAUGAGUUAUGUUUGUGUCUGUUUCUUCAUGUACUGUAUAUCUCACCAUGAAACACAUCGGCAAACCGAAUAAUCACGUCAUCACAACACUAUAUCGGUCCAACCAUGAGUCAGCAGAAUUAUUUUAAAGAACCAACGUUUCCAUCAUUCGGACUGAACACGCCUGCUGAACACAGUCACAGAUUUGAUUUCCACAGUUCUGUUCACAUCGCAUCAUCACAGUGUUUUUGGGAAAAGCAAUAAAAUAAAAAACCAAGCUGGCUGCUUCCCCCUGACAGAAUGUGCACUUUAAACUUCUGUAUUUAUGUCUUUGUUUUGGCAACUGAGAAUCACCUUUUCUUUUUCUAAGAAUCAGAGUCGGAUGUAAAUGUGUAAAUGUGUGGUAAAUAGAGAAAUGCCUGCUGAACGUGGAGCAGUCUGUUUUUGUACAUAUUAUACUGUACUCACACUUUUGUACUUGUUUCUCUCUUCUGACUGGGAGCAGAUGUAUUUUUAUGUAACACCCACUUCAGUGUCUGUUUGUGAAACCUCUUGUGUGAUUUGUUUGUACAGCCGCUCCGUUUUACAUGCAUGAACUGUCCCUUUAAUGUCGCCUUAACUGCUGUGAAUACUGUACAUACUGCACUGUAACUCUCACCACUUUGUCAGUAAAGACCUCAGAUGUCAAAAA